AUGGAGGUCGACGAGAACACGACCAAGAUCGACGAGGGCUUGUACUCCCGCCAGCUCUACGUCCUUGGGCGCGAAGGCCAGGCGAAGAUGUCGGCGAGCAGCGUGCUCGUCUGCGGCCUCAACGGCGUCGGCUGCGAGGUCGCCAAGAACGUGAUCCUCGCCGGCGUCAAGGCCGUGACCCUCUUCGACCCGACGCCGGCGACGUGGUACGACGUCGGCGGGUCGCCCUACGUCGCGCCCGCGCACGUCGGGACCGCGACGCGCGCCGACGCGUGCGCGAAAGCGCUCGCGGAGCUCAACCCCUACGUCGCCGUGUCCGUCAUGGGCGCCGGCGGCAACGGCAGCAACGCCGGCGACCUCCACUCCGGCGACGCGGCCGAGUGGGCCGCGCGCGUCGCGGGCUUCUCGUGCGUCGUCCACUGCGACGCUUCCAGCGACGCGGAGCUCGUCGCGGCGGACGGCGCGUGCCGCCAGGCGGGCGCGUGCUUCGUCGCCGCCGAGUGCCGCGGCGUCUGCUGCGCCCUCUUCUGCGACUUCGGGGACGCCUGGGCCGUGACGGACGUCGACGGGGAAGCGGGCGCGUCGUGCCUCGUCGCUUCCGUCACCCAAAGCCAGCCGGCGUUGGUCACGGUCACGGACGAGCAGCGCCACGGCAUGAACGAGGGCGACGUGGUCCAGAUCGCGUCCUGCGUCGGCGCCGAGGAGUUGAAUGAUCGCGAGUUCGAGGUCGUUCGGGUCACGUCGCCCUACGCGUACGAGAUCGACUGCGACGGCACGAAGCUCGCGCGGCCCUACGUGGGCAGCGGCUACGCGAGCCACAAGAAGCAGCCGGGCACGGUCGCCCACGCGUCCCUCGCGUCGAAGUUCGAGAACCCCGGCGAGUUCCUCACGCCGGAUUUCGGGAAAUUCGCGCGGCCGGCGACGUUGCACGGCGCGUUCCGCGCGUUGCGGUCCUGGCGGUCGGCCCACGGCGGCGCCUUCCCCGGGCCCGCGGCGGCGGCGGCCGUCGGCGAAGUGUACGCGUCGACCUUCGCCGUCGCCGACGGCGAGGAGGGCGCGCGGGGCUUCGCGGAGGCGCUCGCGCGGACCGCCGCGGGCGACGUGUCGCCGGUGGCCGCGUUCCUCGGCGGCGUCGCGGGCCAGGAGGUGCUCAAGGCCUGCAGCGCCAAGUUCACGCCCGUGAGCCAGUGGUUCUACUUCGACGCCCUCGAGAGCCUGCCGGAGGCCGCGUCGCCGCCGCGCGGCGACCGCGACGAUUCCGCGCGCGUCGUCUUCGGAGACGACGUCCUGGGCAAGCUCAAGAACGCCAAGCUCUUCCUCGUGGGCGCCGGCGCCAUCGGCUGCGAGAUGCUCAAGAACUGGGCGCUCCUGGGCGUGGGCGCCGGCGCCGGGGGGUCCGUGACGGUGACGGACAUGGACCGCAUCGAAAAGUCGAAUCUGUCGCGCCAGCUCCUCUUCCGCGCGUCCGACAUCGGCGAGGCCAAGUCGACGACGGCGGCGGCGGCGGCGCGGGCCCUGCGGCCCGAGAUCAACGUGACGCCCCUCGAGCUGCGCGUCGGCCCGGACUCCGAGGACGUCUUCGACGACGCGUUCUUCGCGAGUUUAACGGGCGUGUGCACGGCGCUCGACAACGUCGACGCGCGGCUCUACGUCGACUCCAAGUGCCUCUUCUACCACCUGCCCAUGUUCGAGUCCGGGACCCUGGGCACGAAGGGCAACACGCAGGUCGUCGUGCCGGGCCUCACGGAGCACUACGGCGCGAGUCGCGAUCCGCCGGAGAAGUCCAUACCCGUGUGCACGUUGAAGAACUUCCCCAACAAGAUCGAGCACACGCUCCAGUGGGCGCGCGACUGGUUCGAGGGCGCCUUCAAGCAGGGCGCCGACGACGUCAACAUGUUCCUCGCGCAGGGCAACGCGGGCUUCGAGAAAGCGCUCGACGCGCAGCCGAACACGAAAUUGGAGGUCGCGGCCCGCGUGAAGACGGCGCUCGUGGACGCCCGGCCGACGACCUACGAGGACUGCGUCGUCUGGGCGCGGCUCCAGUUCGAGGACUGCUUCCACAACUCCAUCGCGCAGCUGCUCCACAACUUCCCCGAGGACCAGGUCACGGCGGGCGGCGCGCCGUUCUGGUUCUGGUCGGGCGCGAAGCGCGCGCCGGCCACGUGCGCCUUCGACGCCAACGACGCGCUCCACCUCGACUACGUCAAGGCCGCGGCGGCGCUCCGGGCGUCGAACUACGGCAUCAACUCGACCCUCGCGACCUACGACGCGGCCUUCUACAAGGCGGCGUUGGACCGCGUCAUCGUCCCCGACUUCUCGCCGCGCGACGGCGUCAAGAUCUCCGCCAACGAAGCGGAGGAGAAGAAGGCCAAGGAAGAGGUCGCCGGCGGCGACGUCGACGCCGACUGCGCCGCGCUGAUCAAGGCUCUGCCCGCGGCCGCGUCGCUCGCGGGCAUGAAGCUCGUGCCCUGCGACUUCGACAAGGACGACGACGCCCACAUGGCCUUCGUCGCCGCGUGCUCGAACCUGCGGGCGCGCAACUACAAGAUCCCCGAGGCCGACGUGCACCAGUCGCGGCUCAUCGCGGGCAAGAUCAUCCCGGCCAUCGCGACGACGACGGCGCUCGUCGCGGGUUUGGCGUGCCUCGAGCUCGUCAAGGUGCUCCAGGGCAAGCCCCUCGAGGCCUACAAGUGCGCCUUCGCGAACCUGGCGCUGCCCCUCUUCGCCAUCUCCGAGCCCAACGCGCCGGCGACGACCGCGGCCAAGAUCCCCGGCGGGCGCCGCGGCGGCGAGGAGUGGAAGCACACGCCCUGGGACUGCAUCGAGCUCGACGGCGCGGACCUGACGCUCAAGGCGCUCGUGGCGCACUUCGAGGACGAGUUCGGCUGCGAGCUGUCCAUGCUGUCCUACGGCGUGUCCAUCCUCUUCUCGUCGUUCGCGUCCGCGAAGAAGGUCAAGCUCCGCAUGCCCAUGAAGAUCACGGACAUCAUCGCCGAGGUCACGAAGAAGCCCGUCGCGCCGAACCGCAAGUACCUCGUCCUCGAGGUCAUGCUCCAGGACGACGACUGCGAGGAGGUCGACCUGCCCUACGUGCGGCUCAAGCUGUUCUAGGAGCCCCGUAGUAAGCGCACCGUCGGACCCU